AUGGAAAGAACAAGAUAUGCAUAUGAAAAGUACCGUGAAGUUAGAAGUAAAAUUACUUCUGGUCGAACCUUUACAGUUAACUUUGACGAAGGAAAGAACAAAGAAGGCUUCAUGGGUGUACUUGCUGCCAUACAAGAUGGAAAUAAGAAAGGAUACAAUCUCAGACUAACCGUAACAGAUUUAGAUGGUCAUAUUUACUAUGCACAUGGCAAUGUCACAACAGCUGCAAUGCUUCUUGACGCUUUCAAGACUACAAAGAGAGAACAAAUGGUUGACUCCGACUCAGACAUUUUGAAUGCAAUUGAAGGAAUUGUAAGCGUGAAGUUCGAAUGGUACCAACCUAACCCUCAAGCAGUCAGACAACAUGCUGGAUACUUCCCGUUCAUAAAUAAGUCUGACAUUGACUUGACAAGGUAUGGAAUUUACAAUUCAAUUGAAACAAUUGUCAAUGAACCUUGCAUUCUUACAUGUCUCAGGAACUCUGGUCUUGUUUCAGAAGAGAAGAUGAAGUAUCUUGAGUCAUGUGUGAAGACAAGGUACAUUCUCAGAGGUCAAUUGGCAAAAAUUGCACCGUUGGCAAAUGUCAAUAUCCGAGUCAACAUACCUACAGCUAAAGGUUCUUCACAUGACGACUAUGUUGUUGACAAAGACUUACCAUGGUUGAAGAUUGUAAUUGUCCACAACCACUUCAUGUUGAACGAAAGUCUUACAAACCCAUUCUUUGGUAAAAGUAAGUGCAACAUUGUCAGAGCUGUUAACAUUCUUUUCGAGAAAGGUUUGUUGGAACCAAUUCCAGAUGACAAGCUGACAGAAACUUUUGUACCAAAAGACGAAACAAACUUUUCAUUGUUAGCAAGACCAAAAGUUGUUCCAGACAAAGUUCUAGUACAAAAGAAGUACACAAUUCCAAAAGGAGUUGGAUUGUUCGGAUACCAACCUGAACCAGAAGAACUUCCAAUGA